AUGGCGACGGCGUUCGGUAAAGGUGAAGACCUUGCCUUUGAUGAAAGUGAAGAAUGCUUUGAGGCCUAUUUGGAAAGGCUAGAACAGUUCUUCGUGGCAAAUGACUUGAAAAUAGACGAUGGCCGAGCACGAGCAGUGUUUUUGACCGUGGUGGGAAAAAAGAACCACACGCUGCUAAUGGACUUGUGCGCACCGUCGAAACCAGCAGAAAAGAAAUUACAAGAGCUAAUUGAGCUCAUGCGAACGCAUUUUGUGCCGAAGACAAACUUUAUCGCAGAAAGAUACAAGUUUAAUACAAGAAACCAGCGAGAAGAUGAAUCCAUAAGUGAGUACAUGGCAAAGCUAAGAAAGUUGGCUGCCACAUGUAAAUUUGGGACAUUUCUGGAUGACGCUCUCCGAGAUAGAUUUGUGUGUGGAGUGAAGAGUGCGGAGCUACGUGACCGUUUGCUGAAUUCAUCUCACACUAAAGACUUAAGCCUUGCAGCAGCAUAUGAUAUGGGACUGGCUUAUGAGGUAGCGAAACAAAAUGCCCAGCAGUGGUCCCAGAAAUCAUACAAAGCAAAUGCUAUCUCCAGGACGAGCCCUGUGAAGAAAGAUGAGCGCGGAAAACCGUGCUACCGAUGUGCAGGACAAGGACACUUGCCAUCUGAGUGCAGGUUUAAAGAUGUUGACUGCAGGCUGUGUAAGAAGAAAGGGCACAUCGCUAAAGCAUGCAGGUCCCAAAAUCAAGAAAAAAAGGACAAGCCAACAAAGUGGACAAAACACAUGGAUGCCAGGAUGCAGCUGAGGAACAGCAAGGAACACGAUGAAGUGGACAAGUCCUGGACCAAGCAGACCAGACCACCGGAGGAGCAGCCAGCCCAAGUCAAGACUUCAGAGAAGGAGCGUCCCAUCAAACCAGCUGACUCGCAGCCUCAAGCCCUGAAGGAGACGGCCGAGCCCAAAUCAGGAUUUGUUGAGGAGUACCGGGCAGGUAACAUCAGCGAUGUAGAACUUUUCUCAGUAAAAGCUGAUGGUGAGGACAUUGACUCUGAAAGUGACACUGUAAAACCUUAUUAUGUGUACCUAAGGGUGAAUGAUAAAAGGUUAAAAAUGGAGGUAGAUACAGGGGCAGCUGUUUCGGUGAUUUCAGAAAGUCUGUAUAAACGCAGGUUCAGAAAGCAGAAAUUAAUGCCAUCAAACUGUAUUCUGAGAACAUACAGUAAGCAAUCGCUGAGUCUAAAAGGGAGUAUUUCUGUGACAGUUAAAUGCAAUAAGAUCACAUGCGUACUUCCCUUACUCGUGGUCGAAGGUAAUGGUCCAGCGUUAUUGGGAAGAGACUGGAUAAAAAUGUUAAAAUUGGACUGGUCAUGUGUAAACCGGGUGGCACCCCAGAGUUUUGAAGAACUUUGUGAUAAAUACCCAGAAGUGUUUGAGCCCAGCUUGGGUAAAGUGAAAGGAAUCAAAGCAAAAUUACACGUGUUGCCAGGUGCGAUUCCAAAGUUUUGUAAAUCACGCCCAGUGCCUUAUGCUCUCAGAGAAGCGGUAGAAGUGCAACUGGGAAAAAUGGAAGCUGAUGGAGUUAUUACACCUGUCAGUUAUAGUGAAUGGGCGGCACCUACUGUAAAUAUUCCAAAAAUGGAUCAGACAGUCAGGAUUUGUGGGGAUUAUAAAGUGUCUAUCAACCCAUGGCUUGAAGUAGACCAAUAUCCCAUUCCCAAACCAAGGGAUUUAUUCACAAAACUUGCAGGAGGUGAGCGAUUUACUAAACUUGACCUAUCACAAGCGUACCAGCAGGUGGAGCUGGAAGAUAGUUCCAAACAGUAUUUAACCAUAAACACUCAUAAGGGACUAUAUCAAGUGAACAGACUUCCAUAUGGUGUUGCUAGUACUCCUGCCAUAUUUCAAAAAUUAAUGGAUCAAGUGCUACAAGGCAUGGAUGGUGUCAUUUGUUAUUUAGAUGAUAUUCUGAUUACUGGAAAGGACAAUGACACACAUUUGAUACAUUUGGAGGAGGUUUUAAAAAGGUUAAAAAACCACAACCUAAAGGUAAAAAGGGAGAAAUGUGCUUUCUUUCAGCACAGUGUGUCUUAUUUAGGACAUGUGAUUGAUGCGGAGGGUAUACACCCAAUCCAAGAGAAAUGUGAGGCGAUAGCGAACGUAGCCAUGCCCACUAAUACAACUGAACUAAAGUCAUUCUUGUCAUUGUUGAGUUAUUAUGGCAAGUUUAUUCCUAACUUAUCAACCAUAAUCUCACCAAUGACAGGAUUACUACAGAAAGAUGUCAAAUGGGUGUGGUCAGAAUCCUGUCAAAAAGCAUUUGAAACUGCUAAAAAGCAGUUGCUCUCAAGCAAAGUGCUUGUGCAUUAUAACCCAGACCUGCCACUCAUACUUGCCUGUGAUGCAUCCCCUGUAGGGAUAGGUGCAGUGAUUUCACACAAAAUGACAGAUGGUAGUGAAAAACCAAUCAUUUUUGCUUCUCGUAUGUUAACCAAAGCAGAGAAAAACUACUCACAAAUUGAAAAGGAAGCAUUAGGCUUGAUUUUUGGAGUGAUCAAAUUUCAUGAGUAUCUUUUUGGUCAUAUGUUUACUUUGGUAACAGAUCACAAACCCCUACUGAAGAUUUUAGGUCCGAAAACGGGAGUACCUCCUUUAGCCGCAGCUAGGAUGCAGAGGUGGGCUCUCAUAUUGGCCGCUUAUACUUAUGAGAUACAGUACAAACCUUCAGGACAACAUGGAAAUGUAGAUGCUCUAUCUCGAUUGCCAAUUGCAGACAAGAGCUUUCCAGAGUCAAAUCCGAUUUUCAGAAAUAUGUAUGCAUACCCCGUUUUGCGCCAAACUCCUCAGGGUCAACUCCUCAUGGGACCGACUGAGGAGGCAAACAGGAGUGAGGUUGCGGGGGCAGUGAGAGACAGAGCCAGGUGUAAGGAGGAGGUUCUGUCCGAGGCCACUGCCUUUGUGAGACAGAAUGGAGGGGAUGCUGGUGACCAGUUCCUGGUUCUGGCUCACUGCAGGAUCCAGUUUGGUAAACACCAGGGCCAGAGGUUCCUGUGGCUGCUGGAGAACUCACUGGGGUAUGCAGUGUAUCUGGUGUGCAGCAGUAUGGGGGAAGAGGAGAGGGACAACCCGCUGUCAGCCAGUAAGCACCUCUUCCUCAGCUACACCUCUCGGAUCAGGGAGGUGGGGGAGGCUGUGGAGGUGUACCAGAAAAAACAGGCAAUGCGGCAGGAGGCCCAGAGGACUGGGGACACUGGAUGUCUGAUGAUUGAGUUUGGUGACUUCAAGGGCAGGUCCAUGAAGGAGGUGUAUGAAGACCCAAGCAAGGAGGCUCAGGCUCUCAUUUCCUACCUGAAGAAGGCAAAGGCCAGGCCCAACACCAACAUGGCCCUCUUCCAGGCAUACGUGCUGAAGAGACAGGCUCCAGCUCAAUGUCCCCACCACUGCUGCCUCUGCUCCACCUGCUGCCACUCAGAGCAGGCAACCGCUGGCUGCCUCUGUGAAGGCCCUGUUGGCUCAUGGGACACAUCUGUCUGCUUCACAGCUGGCAAAGAAGCUAAUGAGUCCAGCCAAACCCUGUAA